AUGACUGAUUUGACGGAGAUAUUAGUACGCUUUAGAAUGUACAAAUAUGCAGUUACAGCAGAUAUUGAAAAAGCAUUUUUGAAUAUUGAAUUAGAUGUUGAUGACAGAGAUGUCACACGAUUUUAUUGGUUAGAAAACCCAAUGGACACAGAAAGCCGUUUGAUUACUUACCGGUUAAAAGUUGUACUUUUCGGCGCCACCUGUUUGCCAUUCAUGUUAAGCGCCACGCUAAUGAAACAUUUUAGAUACAAUCCGUCAACUACAUCAGCCGAAUUACAGAGUAAUUUAUACGUGGAAAACGUUCUAACCAGUUUUACAGAUAAAGAAUCAAUUUUGAAAUUCUACACGGAGUCAAGAAAAUUAUUGUCAGAAGCAGGAUUCAACUUACGGUCUUGGAAUUCUAAUAGUACGGAAUUACAGAACGUCGCAGGACUAGACAAGAUCGACGACAAUGACGACAUAGUCAAGAUUUUAGGCAUGAGAUGGGAUAGGGAAUCCGAUGAUUUGAAAUUUCAACAGAUUGAAUUUAUGGAAAAGGACAGAAAGAUAACAAAACGCGAGGUUUUGCGAACAUCGUCUAGAAUUUUCGACCCCCUCGGAUUAAUCACGCCAAUUACGGUGAAAGCUAAGCUGUUUAUGCAGACUUUAUGGAAGGCAAAGUUGGAUUGGGAUGAAUGUUUGUCCGACGAACUGAGAAGUAAAUAG